AUGAAAAGCGGGCUGUGGCGGGUGGGGGAGUGGGGUUUGCCGGCAAAUAACUUGGGCACGAGGGGCUUGAUGUCUUUAAAAAGAGCAUCACUUCUUCUGUCCCAGGCUACGUGAGAUCAUCUGGCGUACGUACGCGAUGGAGCUUCCCCAGCUAGAACACACGGUGAGACGCAGAAGGUGUGACAGCAGCACAGCAUCAGUGCCGCAGCUCUGCAACUCUCCUACACUCAUCGUCAUGGUGGGCCUGCCAGCCAGAGGGAAGACUUACAUCUCCAAGAAGCUCACCCGCUACCUCAACUGGAUCGGGGUUCCUACAAAAACGUUCAACGUGGGCCAGUACCGCCGCCAGGCCGUCAAAACCUACGAGAACUUUGAAUUCUUUAAACCGGACAACGAGGAGGCCAUGAGGAUCCGCAAGGCGUGUGCGGCGGCUGCCCUCAGAGAUGUCACUACCUACUUCACAAGUGACCAAGGUCACAUCGCGGUUUUUGAUGCCACCAACACCACAAGGGAGAGAAGGGCAAACAUCCUCAGCUUUGCCAAGGAGAGAGGCUACAAGGUUUUCUUUGUGGAGUCAAUCUGUGAUGACCCAGAAAUAAUUGCAGAGAAUGUUCAGCAAGUGAAAUUUGGGAGUCCAGAUUACGUGAAUCGCAGCAUGGAGGAAGCCAUGGAAGACUUUGUGCAGCGCAUUGAGUGUUACAAGUCCAGCUACAUGCCGAUAGACGACGAAAAAGACAGAAAGCUCUCCUACAUCAAGAUCUAUGAAGUGGGUAAAAGAUACCUGGUGAAUCUGGUCCAGGACCACAUCCAGAGCAGGAUCGUCUACUACCUAAUGAACAUCCACGUUGCACCGAGGUCCAUCUACCUGAGCCGCCAUGGGGAAAGCCAACUCAAUCUUCUUGGUCGCAUCGGCGGAGAUUCUUCUUUGUCUGUCAGAGGAUAUGAAUAUGCUGCUGCUUUGAAGACUUUCAUCCAGAGUCAGAAAAUUAAGGAUCUGAAGGUGUGGACCAGCCACAUGAAGAGAACCAUCCAAACUGCACACGCGCUGGGCGUCCAGUAUGAGCAGUGGAAAGCUCUCAAUGAGAUCGAUGCAGGUGUGUGCGAGGAGUUCACUUAUGAGGAGAUUCAGGAGCAUUACCCCGAAGAGUUUGCAUUGAGGGACCAGGACAAGUUUCGUUAUCGUUAUCCAAAGGGCGAGUCCUACGAAGACCUGGUCCAUCGCCUGGAGCCUGUCAUCAUGGAGCUGGAGAGGCAGGAGAAUGUUCUGGUCAUCUGCCACCAAGCAGUCAUGCGCUGCCUCUUGGCCUACUUCUUGGACAAGCCUGCAGACCAGCUGCCCUAUCUUAAAUGCCCCCUCCACACGGUGCUCAAACUCACACCAAUAGCCUACGGAUGCAAAGUCGAGUCAUUUUACCUCAAUAUCGAGGCUGUCAACACGCAUAGAGACAAGCCUACGAAUGUGGACAUCAACAGGAACCCAGAAGAAGCGCUGCAGACAGCUCCUGAUCACAUUUGAACAAUGUGCCGUGCAAAUGGCAAAGACGAGAUACGGCUGGCAUCUCGGACCUCGUUGUGGAAUCCACAAAGCAGUUGCC